AUGAUGAUAAAUCCAAAUACUAGGGUCAAUCAAUUAGAUGCUACAUUGUUAGAUCAAGAACUGUUCAACAAUUUGUCCAAACAAACGUUAUCUAUUUUUAACAAGAUUGCACCGAUAUACAAGACAAAAUAUUCAAAUGAGAUUGACUUUAUAUUAAGGACACUGUUGUUCAAAUUCACAGUAUGGGAUAAAAACCAAUCAUAUGGUCUCUUCUUGCAAAAUUUGAAGUACAAGAAUCUUAACAUGAUGAAAAAGUUGAGUUAUUACACAGUUUUCAUACUGGGUUAUUACCUUUCACAGAAAUUACAAAGCUUCAUAUAUAACGAUGAUGAAUUUGAGGAAGAUGCUAACCAAUCCAAAUUAAAAAAGUUCAUGAUCGGCCUCUUCAAGAAAUCAUAUAUCAAUCUAUCAAAACUCUAUAAAAUUUUGUCAUUUUUGAAUUUUAUUGAUUUUCUUAUAACGGGGAAUUAUCAAUCAUUGAACCUAAGGUUGUUGAACAUCAAAAUCAACAUAUUCUCAAUUGAGCUAGCCAAGUUGAACAAAGGUAAUAUCUCAUUUGAAUUCCAAAAUAGACAAUUAAUAUGGAAUACAUUCUUAGAAUUCAUCCUAUUCAUUUUACCAAUCUUCCAAAACUCCAAAUUUCAAUCACAAUUCAAUAAAUUAUUGAAUUUUAGAAACUCAUCAACUCAACCAGAUACUUCAGUCUUGAAAUAUAAUCAUUUGAAAGAAAAACAAUGUGCUAUCUGCUUUGAAAACAAUGCCAACAAAAUCCAUGAUUAUUUGAUCACAAAUCCUUAUAAAACAAACUGCAACCAUCUUUAUUGUUAUGUUUGCAUUUUAGGGAAAUUGGAACAUGCAAAGAAUAUAGGAGAACCAUGGAAAUGUUUGAGAUGUGGUGAAAACGUUGAAUAUUGCCAACCAUAUGAUAAUAUUGAUCCAGAUGCAAUUGAGUUUCAAGUGGGACAAGAUGAAGAAGAUGAAAAGAGUAAAGAAAGUGGUGAUGAAGAGCUAAAUGAAAAGCAAGAGGAAAUAAGUGAUGAUGAUUAUGAAAGUGAGGAGAAUAGUAGUGAAGAUCAAGAGGAUGAGUACGAUGAUGAAUACAAUAAUGAUGAUGUUGAGGAUUUUGAUGACUUAGGAGAAGAGAUGUGAAUAUACUAAUAGUUAAUUGGUUUAAAAUCUGUAAUGAACUGUUGUAUGAUGCAAGAGAUUUUUAUGAUUCUGGUAUUCUAAUUUUAAUAUCAAUAACAUCUGGAGUUCACAGCAAAAGAACAUGACCUCUUUAUUUUCUUUAAGUCAUUUUUUCAUCUCGGCAUUCUCUAAAUGACUUCCCCUUGUUAGAAAUAGAACUUGAAUGAAACUUACUGUUUCGUGAUCUUUAAUCAUUAAAUCUGCAAAGUUGGUUAUGGAUUGAAUUUACCAGAAGUAUAUGGCAAAGUACAACCUCUUCGCUUCUUUUAAAUAGAUUGUGCAUAUUAUUGUUUCAGCCUUUAACCCAUCCCACAAACUAGGUUGAAAAUUCAUCACAGUGAAAUUAGAGCUCUAAUCAAAGUUCAAGGUUUCCAUCAUUAAUUAGACAACUUACAUUUU